AUGCGUGAAGACCCCUUCUACCGCAAUUUUUGGUCCACAAGUAACCAACUAGCUAAAGAGCAAAUCAUCAACCAUGCAAUCAGCGGAACACCGUUCGAAGCCUUAGACCAAAAAUUGAUAAAGUCCGUCCGUGCCAUCUUGUGUGCUUACCUCUACUACAAGAAUGGCGGUAAUCUAAAUCAACUUGGCUAUAAGAGAGAACUGAAUAAAUUGGCUAAAGUUGGAUUGCCAAGAUCUGCCAAGCCUAGCCAUACAAUAACUGUCGGUUAUCGUAUGCUGGCUUUCUACAAGCAAGCUGGCGCCUGGCCAAUCCUCUUUUCAGACAAGUUUAACUAG